AGCUCCUGAGGUCGUGGUGGUGGGAUCCUGUAUGACUGAUCUGGUGAGUCUCACUGCCCGCCUACCCAAAGCUGGAGAGACCAUACACGGACACAGGUUUUUCACUGGAUUUGGGGGGAAAGGUGCCAAUCAGUGUGUCCAGGCUGCGCGACUUGGGGCUAAAACAUCAAUGAUCUGCAAGGUUGGGAAGGAUUCCUUUGGUUAUGAUUAUAUUGAAAAUUUCAAGAAAAAUGGGAUUCCUACAGAUUUUGUAGGUCAAGCCGAGAAUGCAGCAACGGGAGCUGCUUCAAUCAUUGUUGAUGAUGAAGGGCAGAACUUCAUUGUAAUUGUUGCGGGAGCGAAUUUAAUUUUGGAUUCUGAACACUUGAAGAGGGCUGCUCCGGUCAUCUGUCAAGCAAAAGUGAUGGUCUGUCAACUUGAAGUAACCCCAGCUAUUUCUCUAGAAGCUUUGAAACUGGCACACAGCAGUGGAGUGAAGACAUUAUUUAACCCUGCUCCAGCAAUUGCUGACCUAGAUCCACAAUUUUAUACCCAUUCCAACAUCAUCUGCUGCAAUGAAAGUGAGGCUGAAAUUCUAACAGGCAUCACCGUCGGUAAUGCCCAAGACGCUGGUCGUGUGGGGCUUGUGCUGUUGGAGAGAGGCUGUGAGACUGCAGUCGUAACCUUGGGCCCAGAGGGGUGCGUGGCAGUCUCUGCAAAGGAACCCACUCCAAAACACAUUCCUAUUAAGCGGGUCACCGCUGUGGACACCACGGGAGCAGGCGACAGUUUUGUGGGAGCCCUGGCUUUCUACAUGGCUUACUACCCCGACCUGCCACUGGAAGAAAUGCUGAAAAGGGCCAACUUGAUUGCAUCAGUUAGCGUCCAGACGACGGGAACACAGACUUCCUUUCCCUAUAAGAAAGACCUGCCACAACAUCUAUUUUAAGUUGUACCUAUAGUA